GUGUGAUAACGCUCGCGAUUUCAUGUUUACAUCAGACUCAGGCGAUUGGAUUUCGAAUAUAAAUUUGAAAUUUUCCAGUAAUUUCCACGUUGGCGUAGCAUUUUCUGGCUGCCCCGUCGGGUGACGUGCGACAGACAUGGGAUUUUCAUUGUGGACCCUGCUUGAGGCCUCUCUAUUGUGUCUGAACGCCAUAUGCAUCCUGAACGAAGACAGGGUUCUGGCCAAAUAUGGCUGGUCCACUGUGAAUCGAGAGUUUGAGGACAUGCCAACCACAAAAACACAGAUACUGACCCUCAUGAAGUCUAUCCGUACCGUCGUCAAGUAUCCCCUCAUCAUUUUCAAUCUGCUGAUCAUACUUGUCAAGAGUCUUACAGGAUGAUAAAAAUUCCAUUCGCCUGCAAUGAAAUGAUGUUGUUUAUAUUUCGUGUAAAUUGUUAUUUCUAAGGUUAAUAUUCUAAAAAUUACCUUUAUUUAUCUUUAUAUGUGUAUAUGUUAUACAAUGCUCGUAUCAAAAGCGUUUAGCAUCUUUUCAUAAAUAAAUUACUUUGCUAAAAAAAA